GGGGAGGCGCCGCUCUGGCCACCGCUCGGUGGUGGAGGUGCGCGGCGGGGGCCGCUCUGGCCGGCGGGCUCGUUGGUGCGGAGUCCCGGAAGCGGCGUUCCCCGAGGCCGGGCGCGGAAUGGCGGAGAGUCCGGCCGCCGAGGAGGCGGCCCCGGCCGCGGUGCUGGCGGCGGCGGCGGCGGCAGCGGCGGCGGGAAGCGGCAGCUCCUCGUCCAGCCCGGGAGGCGGCUCGGGGAGUCCCGGUGUCUUCAUCCCCGCCGAGCUGUGGGCGGCGGCGGGUUUCGGCGCCGCGACGCCGGGCGCUGGCGUCGCCCCGGGGAGCGGCGGGGCGCCCAUCGCGGCGGCGGCGGCGGCUGCGGGGGCCGCACUCCUUACGCACUCCGCCUUCUGGGACCCCACGGUCAGCGGGGACUGGGACAGCGAGCGGCCCAGCCCGGCCUGCCUUCUGCGGAUCAAACGGGACAUCAUGUCCAUUUACAAGGAGCCGCCCCCGGGAAUGUUUGUUGUGCCUGAUCCCCAAGACAUGACCAAGAUUCAUGCAUUGAUCACUGGCCCCUUUGACACGCCUUAUGAAGGGGGUUUCUUCUUGUUCCUGUUUCGCUGUCCUCCAGAUUAUCCCAUCCACCCACCAAGGGUCAAACUGAUGACCACGGGAAAUAACACAGUGAGGUUUAACCCCAACUUCUACCGCAAUGGGAAAGUCUGCCUGAGUAUCCUAGGCACCUGGACCGGGCCUGCCUGGAGCCCAGCACAGAGUAUCUCUUCAGUCCUCAUCUCCAUCCAGUCCCUGAUGACUGAGAACCCCUACCACAAUGAACCUGGCUUUGAGCAGGAGAGGCACCCAGGGGACAGCAAGAACUACAACGAGUGCAUUCGGCACGAGACCAUCCGAGUAGCAGUGUGUGACAUGCUGGAGGGGAAGUGUCCCUGUCCUGAGCCCCUAAGGGGUGUAAUGGAGAAAUCCUUCAUGGAGUACUACGACUUCUAUGAAGGGGUUUGUAAAGAGAGGCUUUACCUACAAGGACAGACCAUGCAGGAUCCCUUCGGUGAGAAACGAGGCCACUUUGACUAUCAGUCCCUAUUAGUGCGUUUGCAAGGCAUUCGGCAGAAGGUGCAAGAGAAACACCAGCAGGAGACUACAGAAAUAGACUCUGAGAGCAGCUCCUCUGAGACAGAGACAGACACUCAAGGUUGCUCUAAAGCUUAGAGCCACCCUCACAGUGGAGAGGCCAAGCCGUGGGGAUCUUCUGUCUUCACACUCUAGAGUAUCCCUGACUGACUCGACAACCAAACCAGUGCCAGAGUGGAGAAACCUGGCAGGCUGUCCUCUGUCUCCUCCUGCUGCUCUGGUGGAUGAUGCUGAAGGAGAAGACUUCAUGCUAGACAAAGCCAAGCUUGUGACAGGCUACUCUUCAAAAGGUACUUCCUAGGCUAGACAAGCCAGAGCAUGUGGCAUCAGGUUACGUUUUGGAAACACCAACGCUGGUGGUUGUUCUUUUCCUUCAUUUGCAUUUCAUUUGGGGUUUUUUUGGGGUUGUUUUUACUUUUUUUUUCCUCCCCCACACCUCCCCCCCUUCAUUUGAUUAAAGAAUGAGCUCUUAGCCUGCAAAUCCUCUUGACAGCUUUUCUGUUCCUAAGUCAGUGAGCCCUUCCCUGGGGCCACGCUGAACGUGGAGCUGUGGGAGCGCUUUGAUGAGUCCAGGGUAUGACAGAACCCCCCCCGUGUGUGUGCCCAGUAUGGGCUGGGAGAGAUGGGAGCCUCUCUGCUCCGUGGAGCACAUCUACCUGAUGUCUUUCUUCUAGACACUGUUGUAGACAGACCAAAGAGAAAAGAGCAGUGGUGGAAUGUGGGCUCCUUUCUGAAAGCUUUACUCAAGCCCUGACUUUGGCACUGAGACUUUGGGUGCAAAGGGGCAGAUCAAAAGGCAGUGGAAACCACAGGAGAAGCCCUAAAUUGAGUGCAGGUUUGUUCAUCCUGGUGGUGUGGGGAAGGGAGGACCAGAAAAUCAUCAGUCAGAGAUGGGGAAGCCACUUAAUGAGUCUAGUUUGUGUAUUAUCUUGUUCUUUCUUUAGUGCUGGUUUGGAUUUAGCACCCCAGAAAUGCUUCACCCUGGCUGCUCUCUACAGAGCUGCUUUGUUUCCUGAAGGACUUUUUGCUUUCCACCUUUUUUUUUAACUCCAAUGUCAUAGUUUAUGAUUUUCCUCCCUUCUUCCUCCUGCCACCUCACUCCCCACUUCUACCUUGCUCCACCAAACUGAAACACUAGAGGAAGGGGCAGCAGUGAAGACCUCCAGAGGUGAACAUCUUGUCACUGACAAAUUCCUUUAGCUGAGCAGGAGCUGAUUGAGUGGUGGAAAAGUUGUAACAGUUCAGAGCUUUGACUGUGUAAACUGUGAGCAGAGGUGAGCUGGCUGCUGGCUGCCAGUGCCAUCAUGUCCCAGAUGUGUUUGGUGCUCAUUGGGGUGGGAGGUAAAAUGGCCAGGGACAGGAGCCUGCUGAGGGUUGGUUGGAGCAGGGUAAAGUUUUGCUGAUUAAAAAGCUUCAUCUGUGUUUAAUUAUUCUUUUGAUGAGAGCUUGGAUAAGAAAGCUAAGCACAAAGUUGCACCUUUACCUUGAACCCUCUUUCCUUCAACACCUUCCCAGCAGCUUAGCCCAGUUUCAGGCUCCUUGGUGGUGCUGGUGGUGGGAGAACUUCCAGUGGUUAUCUUUGUUCUCAAAUCAGGGUCAGAAGCCUCUUGCUGUGCACUGCAGGGGAAGGCAGUGCCCCUCCCGGUGUGACACUGAAUUGUUUUCAGCCUCUGUGAGUGAAAUCCAACUCUUGCAGAACUCAGCCUGCAGCUUCAGCAGCUCUGGGAAGCUGGAAGGUGGGAAUGGUGCUGAGUUGAAGGUUGCCAUGUAGCAACCUGGGGACCUUUGUUUUUGGCUUUCUCUUAAGCAAGCAAACUCCCCUGGGUCUGUCGUGGGCUUGAGUUAGGGGAAAUCAGGGUUGAAGGCUAAGUCCACAGGACUCACCCAACCACCUACACCAGAUGAGAGUAAAUAAAGCAGUGUCCACCUCUAAGUGAGGUCUUGGGGGAGGCAGUGGGAGGGAGGGAAUCUCCUGAGUCGCUGCUGAGCUCCCUCCUCCUUCCAUCCCACUGUAAAAAUGUCACAUCGAGGUUUGGUUGGGCUUUGGUUUUUCUUUCUUUUCACCAUCCAGUAGCAUUGUGUGGGGCAGAGCUGUGGCUCUGCUGCCUUCCCAAAGGCAAGAGCUGGUUCUGCAGUCUCGUUUGUGAUGCAUGUGGUGUUCCCCAUCCACCCAGAGCAACAGAACAAGAAAAUGCCUUACUGUGGACACUAUUCACAGAACUUAGCAUGUGGCUGUACAAAGAGAAGAAGAAGAAGUUCUUAGUUUUCUAGCUCUAAAAAUGAUGUCAUCUGUCCUCCCAUUUCUGAAUGUCUCCAUUUCAAAGUGACAAUCCUCAACUGACUGCUCCAGGCAGAGAUGUUUUAGCAACAGAUUUUUAGACUUAACUUGAGUUGGGAAAGAGAAAAAAAAAGAGAGAGAGAAAAAAAAAGUAUAUAUAUGCACAAGAGUCACUCUAAGAUCCUUUGUUUAUAUACUUAUUGUACAUAAGAUUUUGGGUUUUUUUCCCUUUUCUUUCCUUUUUUUUUUUGUGCAAUAAAGUUUGUUUUGGCAGAA